UUGAUAAAGGGCGUCUGGAAAAAGUGGGGAAACUCAGCGGGCCGGCGGACACCUCGUUAUUCUGAUUGGUUCCGGUGAUGCACAGGGGCGGAGUGUAGCUAUUUAGCCCAGUUUUAUUGGGUAGAUGAGGGGGCGUGUUGGGGAAUUCCCCGCAGGGCGGAAGCGCUGGAGCUCACGGCGGAGCCCAGCGUCAGGCGGGCGACCACAGGGGGCCACCCGAGGUGGCUGGGCCAUGGCCGGGGUCGCGUGCCUGGGAAAAACUGCGGACGCCGAUGAAUGGUACGACAGCGGCUUAGGCUCUCUAGGUCCCGACGCGGCGGCUCCCGGAGGACCGGGGCUGGGCGCCGAGCUGGGCCCGGAGUUGUCGUGGGCGCCCCUGGUCUUUGGCUACGUCACUGAGGAUGGGGACACGGCCCUGCACUUGGCGGUGAUCCAUCAGCAUGAGCCCUUCCUGGACUUCCUCUUGGGUUUCUCUGCCGGCACUGAGUACCUGGAUCUGCAGAAUGACCUAGGCCAAACAGCCCUGCACCUAGCGGCCAUCCUGGGGGAGGCAUCCACGGUAGAGAAGUUGUAUGCAGCCGGAGCUGGAGUGUUGGUGGCUGAGAGAGGGGGCCACACCGCUCUGCACUUGGCUUGCCGGGUGAGGGCACACACGUGCGCAUGCGCGCUGCUCCAGCCCCGCCCCAGACGCCCAAGGGAUGUCUCCGAUACCUACCUCACUGAGAGCCAGGACAGUUCCCCAGACACCGGCCAUACCCUUGAUGCUGUGAACCCCCAACCCAGCCCAGAGAUGGAAGAGGAGCCAAGUGAUGAAGACUGGAAGCUGCAGCUCGAAGCUGAAAACUAUGAGGGCCACACCCCACUCCAUGUGGCUGUCAUCCACAAAGAUGCAGAGAUGGUCCGGCUGCUCAGGGAUGCUGGAGCUGACCUCAAUAAAGCGGAGCCCACAUGUGGCCGGACCCCUCUGCACCUGGCGGUGGAAGCGCAGACAGCUAGUGUACUGGAGCUCCUUCUGAAGGCUGGCGCUGACCCUACUGCCCGCAUGUAUGGGGGCCGCACCCCACUGGGCAGCGCCCUGCUCCGGCCCAACCCCAUCCUUGCCCACCUCCUCCGGGCACACGGAGCCGCUGAACCUGAGGAUGAGGAUGAUAAGCUUAGCCCCUGCAGCAGCAGCAGUGACAGUGACAGCGACAGCAGAGAUGAGGGCGAUGAAUAUGAUGACAUUGUGGUCCACAGUGGCAGGAGCCAAAACCGGCCACCUCCGUCCCCGGCACCCAAACCUCUUCCUGAUGACUCCAGCCCCGCCUGACUUAAGUUCUAAUAUUAAUAUAGUUUCCAGUUUAAUAAAGUUUAGACCUGAAGCCAGA